AUGGCCGAUGAGACCCCUGUCGCUGCGGCCACUGAGCAGCCGGAGCCCACCGUCGCGGCCGACAAGGAGUCCCAAAAUGUGACCUCGUCCAACACCGAGUCUGCCGUUGCGGUUUGCCCUGUGCGACACACCUCCGCUGAUCCACCUCCUCCCACAGAGAAUGCGAUUGCGCCUGAUGCUGCGAAGGAUUCUGAUGCGCAGGCUGACAAGGCCGAAGCACCCGCUGACGCGACCACCUCCACCAAAGAUGGCGAGCCUGCCCCGGCUGGGUCUGCCAACGGUACCCCCUCUGCCUCCAAGAACCGACGUCGUUCAAGCGGUGUCACCGACAAGAAGCUCAGCCGCAAGAAGUCGCAGAGCCGCAUCACCCACCUUGAUGCUAAGCCUGGUGAUUACUACCUUGCCCGUCUCCGCAGCUAUGCACCAUGGCCCGCCAUCAUUUGUGACGAAGAGAUGCUGCCCCAGUCUCUCCUCGACAGCCGCCCCGUGACCGCAGCUCAGCCGGACGGCACCUACCGUGCCGACUAUGCCGAUGGGGGCAAGCGUGCUCACGAGCGUACCUACCCCGUCAUGUUUUUCGGAACCAAUGAAUUCGCUUGGAUCACCAACACCGCUCUAACCAAACUUGACCCCGCCGAGUGUAAGGAGGUCUCGGAGAAGAACAAAUCCAAGCAAUUGAUCGGUGCCUACCAGGUUGCAUCCGAGGGUCAUGAUUUGGCUUAUUUCAAGGGUCUGCUCGCCGACCACCAAGCUGCUGUUCAGCAAGAGAAUGAUGAACUCGAAGCCGAGGAAGAGGCAAAGGCGAAAGCGAAGGCUGAGAAGGCGGCUUCCAAGAAGACCAAGCGCAAGAGCAAGGGUGCCGAGACUGACGUUGAGAUGGAAGACGCGGACGAUUCUAAAAAAUCCAAGGCCGCCCCAAAGAAGCGCAAGAAGGAUGCUGAGACUGAUGGUGAGGCUGACAAGCCCGCGAAGACUCCCAAGACAGCUACAAAGCUGAAGCUCAGCACUCCCAAGCCCCCGGCUGAGGCCAAGUCGACUCCUGCCAGCAAGACCAAGAAGGCGCCUCCCAAGAAGGGCAAGGCCGCUGCCGCUGCGGAGGAGGAGACUAAGGAGACCAAGCAGCCCGAGAAGAAGGUUGACCCUGAAGAGCUCAAGAAAAAAAAGCACAAGGAGGUUCUUUUCCUGCGUCACAAGCUGCAGAAGGGCUUCAUUUCUCGCGAUCAGCCGCCUAAAGAAGAUGAGAUGGCUACCAUGUCUACCUACUUCGAUAAGCUGGAGAAGCAUGCGGACUUGGAUGUCACUACCAUCCGCUCAACAAAGAUCAACAAGGUUCUCAAGAUGAUCGUUAAACUCAACUCUAUUCCUCGUGACGAGGACUUCAACUUCCGCGACCGCUCAAUGGCCAUUUUGUCCAACUGGAAGCACGUCCUGGAUAACGAUGGCCCGGGUGCAUCUACGGACAAUGAAAAUGGUCCUUCCCCCAACGGCGCUCCCGCAGCGGAGGAAUCCGCCGAGACCCCGAAGCUGGAGACUGAAGAGGAGAAGGAAGGCGAGAACAAGGCUAGCGCCGAAGAUACCCAUAUGCCCGACGUUGAUGAGGCUGAAACCGCGGAUGACAAGCCUGCCCGGGAGGUAGAGAAAGCCGAGGAGACGCCCGUGGAGGCCAGCGCAUAA